AUGACCUCCCUCCCUCUCCCCCCCACCAUCACCACCCGCCUCAUCCCAACCCCCCCUUUAACAACCCACAUCCUCGAAUCCGGCGCUCCCUCCCAAAACUCCCCCACCACCCCCCGCAAACCCCUCAUCCUCCUCCUCCACGGCUUCCCCGAACUCGCCUACUCCUGGCGCAAAGUGCUCCCCCAACUCGCCUCCGCCGGCUACCACGUCGUAGCCCCGGACGCACGGGGCUUCGGCCGCACGACGGGCUGGGACACCCGCCCCUACGACACCGUCGACCUGAACACGUUCACGGGCACGUCGCUCGUACGGGACGUGGUCCGGCUCGUGUACGCGCUGGGGUAUACGUCCGUGGCAUGUGUGGUGGGGCAUGAUGCGGGGGCGGUCACGGCGGCGAUGUGUGCGGUGUCGAGACCGGAUUUGUUUCGGGGGGUCGUGUUGUUGAGUCAUCCGUUUGGGGGGGUGCCGAAGGUGCCGUUUGAUGUUGAGUCGGGUUCUUUGUCGGUGGAUGAGGGGAAAGGGCCAGAGAAGGAGGAGGAAAAGGAAGGAGGAGGAAGUGGGAGGGAUACCGUGCAUGAAGAUCUCCUCGCACUGGGCCGAAAACAUUAUAAAUGGUAUUACUCGACGGAGGCUGCUAGUCGGGAGAUGGAGAAUCCGGCGGGUGGGAUGCAUGCGUUCCUACGGGGGUAUUUCCAUGUGAAGAGCGGAGCGUGGGAGGGGAAUCAGCCGGAGAUGUUGAGCGGAUGGACGGCGGAGGAGUUGGCGCGGAUGCCGUAUUACUAUAUCAUGCCGGCGGAGGCGAGUAUGCCCGAGGCGGUGGAGAUGUUGAUGCGGGGGGCGAGCGAGUCCGGGGUGGAGCGAUGUCGGGAGUGGUUGAGUGAGGAGGAACUGGGGGUGUAUGUGGCCGAGUAUGCACGGACGGGGUUCCAGGGGGCGUUGAAUUGGUAUCGCGUGCGGACGGCCGAGGGGGGCAAAUAUACCUGGGAUUGGGAGGUGUAUGCGGGGAGGAAGAUUGAUAUCCCGUGUGCGUUUGUGUCGGGGAGGCAGGAUUGGGGCAUUUAUCAGGAGCCCGGGGCGUUGGAGAAGAUGCGGGAUGGGACGGUGUGUUCGAAUUUCCGGGAGUUGAGGCUGGUGGAUGGGGUGGGCCAUUGGGCGCCGCAGGAGAGUCCGGAGGUGGUGGUGGAGGUGAUUCUGGGGUUGGUCAAGGGGUUGUAG